GAGGGGGCCGGGAGCGCAAAUGGCGUUGAGAUGGUACUGGGCCCUGUUCAAACUCCAGCGCUGACCAUUCACUGGCGGAAGCGGCGGCGCCGGCGGCGACGGCCCAGCGGGCGCACGGAGUGAGCUUUGGUGCCGAUUUCGGCGGCUAGGGAGGCCUAGUCCCCGGCCCGGCCGGCCGUGGUCAAGGCGGGGAGGGAAGUUGCGGGAGAAUAUGAAACAAGUGUCAAAAUGACAUCCAGAUUUGGGAAAACAUAUAGUAGGAAAGGAGGAAAUGGCAGUUCAAAAUUUGAUGAAGUCUUUUCCAGUAAGCGGACCACCCUUAGUACAAAGUGGGGCGAGACCACAUUUAUGGCUAAAUUAGGGCAAAAGAGGCCCAAUUUCAAACCAGAUAUCCAGGAAAUCCCGAAGAAACCUAAAGUAGAAGAUGAAGAUACAGGGGACCCUUUUGGAUUUGAUAGUGAUGAAGAGUCUCUACCAGUUUCUUCAAAGAAUUUAGCCCAGGGAAAGGGUUCCUCUUACUCAGAAUCUAGUGAAGCUGCUCAGUUAGAGGAUGUUACGUCUGCACUUGAGGCUAAUAGCAAAAUUGGUCAUCUGGUGAGUGAAGACAGUAGUGUGUCUGAUAAAUGCUUACCUUUGGAGGAUACUCUCAUUGGAAAAGAGAAGAGCACAAACCGUGUCCUUGAGGAUGAUGCAAGCAGAAGUAUCUGUGCUAAAUUAACAACUUCAGGAAAAGUGGAGAAUUUUAGUGAAGAUCAUGAAAAAAAUAGUCACCAUAUUUAUAAAAAUGCUGAAGAUGGUAGUAAGAAACCUAAUGCUGAAAUUGUAGUGACUUCUGGAUACAAAGCUGAUGAGAUCAAAGAGACAAAUGACACAUGGAACUCCCAGGCUGGGAAAAGGUCAGAGUCUCCAUCAGAAAUCUCUCCCACUAAGGGAUCUCUAAGAACUGGUUUGUAUGAGUGGGAUAAUGAUUUUGAAGAUAUCAGAACAGAUGAUUGUAUACUAGGUUUGGGUAGUGAUCCUUUGGAGAUGAAGGAUGAAGAUUUUAAAAAGCAAUUGGAGAAUAAUGAAGCCAUUGAGGAAGACAUUGUGCAAAGUGUUCUUAGGUCAAGCAAUUGUAGGACGUACUGUAGGGCCAAUAAAGCAAAGACUUUACAAGGAGUAUCAACUUUUGAUAAGUUACUGGAUGGCACCAGUCAGGCCUUAGCUAAAGCAAGCAGUGAAUCAAGUAAAGACGGCCUGAAUCAGGCAAAGAAAGGUAGUGCAAGUUGUGGGACCAGUUUUAGAGGGACUGUUGGACGGACUAGAGAUUACACUGUUCUCCAUCCAUCUUGCUUGUCAGUUUGUAACGUCACUAUACAGGAUACUAUGGAGCGCAGCAUGGAUGAAUUCAGUGCAUCAACUCCUGCAGAUUUGGGAGAAGCUGGCCGGCUAAGAAAAAAGGCAGACAUUGCAACUUCCAAGACCACUACUAGAUUUCGACCUAGUAAUACAAAAUCCAAAAAGGAUGUUAAACUUGAAUUUUUUGGUUUUGAAGAUCAUGAUGAUGCAGGAGGUGAUGAAGGAGGUUCUGGAAGCUCCAAUUACAAAAUUAAAUAUUUUGGUUUUGAUGAUCUUAGUGAAAGUGAAGAUGAUGAAGAUGAUGACUGUCAAGUGGAAAGAAAAACGAGUGAAAAAAGAACUAAAACAGCACCAUCAGCCUCCUUUCAAUCUCCCCCAGAAAGCAGUGACAAUUCCCAGGAUAGUCAGUCUAAUACUAAUAAUGCAGAAAACUUGGAUUUUACAGAGGAAUUGCCUGGUGUGCCUGAAAAUGUAAAGAAACCUGCAAAUAAACAAGGAGAUAAGUCAAAGGAAAAUACUAGAAAGAUUUUUAGUGGUCCCAAACGGUCCCCUACAAAAGCUGUAUAUAAUGCCAGACAUUGGAACCAUCCAGAGUCAGAAGAACUCCCUGGGCCACCAGUAGUAAAACCUCAGAAUGUCACAGUGAGGCUCUCUCCAAAGGAACCAAUUCAAAAAGAUGAUGGUGUUUUUAAGGCUCCUGCACCACCACCCAAAGUGAUAAAAACUGUGACCAUACCUACUCAGCCCUACCAGGAAAUAGUUACUGCACUGAAAUGCAGAAAAGAAGAUAAAGAAUUAUAUACUGUUGUUCAGCAUGUGAAACACUUCAAUGAUGUUGUGGAAUUUGGUGAAAAUCAAGAAUUCACUGAUGACAUUGAGUACUUAUUAAGUGGCUUAAAGAGCACUCAGCCUCUAAACACACGUUGCCUUAGUGUUAUUAGUUUGGCUACUAAAUGUGCCAUGCCCAGUUUUAGAAUGCACCUGAGAGCACAUGGAAUGGUAGCAAUGGUCUUUAAAACUCUGGAUGAUUCCCAGCACCAUCAGAAUCUGUCCCUUUGUACAGCUGCCCUUAUGUAUAUAUUGAGUAGAGAUCGGUUGAACAUGGACCUUGAUAGAGCUAGCCUAGAUCUUAUGAUUCGACUUUUGGAACUGGAACAAGAUGCUUCUUCAGCUAAGCUACUGAAUGAGAAAGACAUGAACAAAAUUAAAGAAAAAAUCCGAAGACUCUGUGAAACUGUACACAACAAGCAUCUUGAUCUAGAAAAUAUAACGACAGGGCAUUUAGCUAUGGAGACACUAUUGUCCCUUACUUCUAAACGAGCAGGAGACUGGUUUAAAGAAGAACUACGGCUUCUAGGUGGUCUGGACCAUAUUGUAGAUAAAGUAAAAGAAUGUGUGGAUCAUCUAAGUAGAGAUGAAGAUGAAGAGAAAUUAGUAGCCUCAUUAUGGGGUGCAGAGCGAUGUUUACGAGUUCUAGAAAGUGUAACAGUGCAUAAUCCAGAGAAUCAAAGCUACUUGAUAGCAUAUAAAGAUUCACAACUUAUUGUUUCAUCAGCUAAAGCAUUACAACAUUGUGAAGAACUAAUUCAGCAAUAUAACCGUGCUGAAAACAGUAUAUGCCUACCGGACAGUAAGCCUCACCAGAAUGUAACUAGCCAUGUGGGUAAAGCAGUGGAAGACUGCAUGCGGGCCAUCAUUGGGGUGCUGCUCAACUUAACCAAUGAUAAUGAGUGGGGCAGCACCAAAACAGGGGAACAGGAUGGCUUGAUAGGCACAGCAAUGAACUGUGUACUUCAGGUUCCAAAGUACCUACCUCAGGAGCAGAGAUUUGAUAUUCGAGUGCUGGGAUUAGGUCUGCUGAUAAAUCUAGUGGAGUAUAGUGCUCGAAAUCGGCACUGUCUCGUCAACAUGGAAACGUCAUGUUCUUUUGAUUCUUCCUUCUAUAGUGAAGAUGGAGAUGCCAGUUUAAGGAUAUCUGGACAAGUUCACGCUGUUCAGGCUUUAGUGCAGCUAUUCCUUGAGCGAGAGCGAGCAGCCCAGUUGGCAGAAAGUAAAACAGAUGAAUUGAUCAAAGAUGCUCCCACCACUCAGCAUGAUAAGAGUGGAGAGUGGCAAGAAACAAGUGGAGAAAUUCAGUGGGUAUCAACUGAAAAGACAGAUGGUACAGAGGAUAAACAAAAGAAGGAGGACGACGAUGAAGAACUUGACCUCAAUAAAGCUCUUCAGCAUGCUGGCAAACACAUGGAAGACUGCAUUGUGGCCUCAUACACAGCACUGCUGCUUGGCUGUCUCUGCCAGGAGAGUCCAAUCAAUGUGACUACUGUGCGGGAGUAUCUACCAGAGGGAGAUUUUUCAAUAAUGACAGAAAUGCUAAAAAAAUUUCUCAGCUUCAUGAAUCUUACUUGUGCUGUUGGAACCACGGGCCAGAAAUCUAUCUCUAGAGUGAUCGAAUACUUGGAACAUUGCUAG